AUGGCUUCAAGGGACGACUUUGCAAACGCGAGUGAAGUGGUCAAAGGGAGCGUCUACUUUGCCGUGCUUCGAAGAGCAGAAUUUGCGAGGUGCUCUACAAUCGCAUCUUCAAAUGUCCUUCUAAACCUCGAGUCGGACCUUCCGCAUCUGGUGUAUGAACCAUUUUGUGACGAUUUCGGGCCUCUCAAUCUUGGUCAGACCUACCGCUUUUGCUGGAAGCUCGAGACUCUUAGACUAGAGGCUUCGAGGCUUGGAAAGAAGGUAUACUUCUGGACAACACAGGAAGCGCAGAGGAAAUCGAACGCCGCUGUCCUGCUCGGAGCGUAUUCCGUCCUCAUCUUGAGCAAGUCUCCUGAAGAAGCCUACAGCUCCCUUCUCCCAUUCCAACCAUUCCUGCCUUUUCGGGAUCCUACGACAGGGCCUUCGACGUACCAUCUGACGGUCUACGACUGCCUCUGUGCGUUGCAAAAGGCAACAACCCUCGGAUGGAUCGAAUUCAGAAACUUCGACAUCAGUCACUAUGAGCACUUUGAACAGGUGGAGAACGGAGAUCUGAACUGGAUCAUCCCAGGAAAGCUCCUCGCUUUCAGCGGACCCCAGGCCAAAAGGACUGAGAUCUACGGGUAUCGUACCUUGGUGCCGGAGGACUACCUGGACUACUUUUACAAGACUGGAGUCACGGGGGUCGUUCGCCUCAAUAACAAGGUCUACGACCGGAGGCGCUUUACCGACCAUGGCAUCGCUCACUACGAGUUGUUCUUUCCGGAUGGCAGCUGCCCUUCGGACGAUAUCGUCCGCCGUUUUCUCAAGGUCGUCGAGACCCACCCAGGCGCCUUAGCAGUCCACUGCAAAGCGGGCCUUGGUAGAACGGGCGUUCUGAUCGGCUGCUACAUGAUGAAGCACUACCGGAUGACGUGCAACGAGGUACUGGGGUACCUUCGAAUCGUCAGACCAGGAAUGGUCAUUGGACCGCAGCAGCAUUUCCUGCGAGACAUCCAGGCUGCGAUGUGGAAACUGGGUGACGCGAUCGCCCCGGAUCUUCGCCCCGUAACUAGAGGCGGGCUGGACGGCCCGGCUCAGGCGUGGUCAAAUCCGCAGGCCGGGCCGCCAGCGACAGCUGCCGCGGCGGUCACGAGGCGCAUUUCGGGGACACGUGUCCAAGCGCCGAUGGGGAGCCCUUACGCGUUUGGGCUGCCACGUCGACGGUCGAGCAUAGGCACACGGGGAGAAGGAGAGGGAGACGCGGCUGCUCUGCGGAGCUCCUCCCCUUUUACCAGCGGUACCCUUCGCCAGGGGCGGCCGGCCAUGCGGUCGGCACAUGCCGCUUCCUACAGUCGGCGGUGGAUGGGUGGCGUCAGCAUGCAGACGUCACAGGCGACAGGGACGACCACUCAGACUCUACUGGAGCUCCUCGACAAGCAGCAGGUGCGCCCUUCCACCGUCGCCCGCCGCUCCUCCUCCUCCGCCAAGCGCGCGAGCACUUUCUCGAGCGGGCAGCCGAGCGCGUACAAAGAAACCGCGGCGCCUUUCGCGGGCGGUCUCAUCGAGGGGGGCGGGAGCGUCGCGGUCGCCACGCGGCAAAGGCGUUUGUCCGCGUUGGCGAGCCUGGGUGCGCGCGCAACCGGGUCGAGCCAAGCUCCCUCGACAAUUAGCACGGGGCAGAGUUUCAAGAUCCCGAGGACAGCGUCCGCGAUCGCCGCGUCAGGCGCCGCGGCCGCGCACCAGAGCGGGGCCGCGUCUAGAACGUACGGGUUUGCGUACGGUAGCCAGGUAGAAGCAGAGUCGAGGCAAUCUAGGAGCGGCGAGCUUGGGAGCCAGCCGGUUGGAGUUGUGAUCAGGCGGACCAUUAACGCCGCAGGGCAGCCCCGGAAGGUGGCUGUACCGGUCGGUCUCGUAGAACAGGACAGGUUGAUGCGUAGGACCGUGAGUCAGGGCGGGCUCAGAGAUUGAAGGAUUCGGCCAGCUGGCCGCUGUGGUCGCUGAUCAGGUAAUUCCGUGGAGGGAAAGUUCCUAUGGCGUCCGCAAUUGCAUCAUCAGAAGCCGGGCGAUGUACAAAACAGAGCAUGUACCUUGCCUAACAGUCAAAUAGGUUUAGCAUCAAAAGUCGUAGUACAGCCGUAGGGAUUAUGGAGUUACUUCGGUACUAGCUGCCGCUAUGCGAUCAGGUCGUUAGGACAAUGAGCUUAGAAUCAAAGUAGGUAGUGUCCGACAGGAUCCAUUGUCAAACCGGGAACUGCGGUGAUUGGCCGGUGCGGUUGAGCAGUUACUGUAAGCACACAGCUGACAAGAUUUCUGAGCAAUUAGGUGAGGGCGGCCCCCCGGCGGCGCCAGAUAUGCCUACAGCUUAGGGGCACAUAAGCGGACAGAUAAUGAACUCUCAGCCUGACGGUGUCCUUUUGCUCUCCUCAGAUUGGUUCAGACGAGCCAUGCAUUAGUUAAUGAAUUCUCUAGGUGAUCUGCUGAACUAUCGUCACUCGCAAACUCGACUAUAAUACGAC